AUGAGGCUGCUCUUAGCGCUUGUUUUCGCGGCCUUGGUGACCGUGACAUAUGCGGCCAGCAGACAAUCUGUAAAAACUGAUGAACCAACGGAAGUUGCAGAGGAAGCUGAAGAGUACCGCUGGAGGAAGAAGGUAGGCAAAGCGCUCGAGAAAGUGGGCAAAUGGCUGCAAGGAAAAUACAUGGCGGAGACAGUGGAGGAACAGGAAGAGAUGGAGCUGAUCAACGCUGAACUCGAUCAACUCGCCGCUGAUGUGACGGAAAACCUUGACGAACAGGAGGAAGAGGUCGAAAAAGUCGAGGAUGAAGUGGUUCCUUAUGGUCUGAGGAAGAAGUUCAAGAAGUGGAGGAAGAAGCUUGCCAACCUCGGCAAGAAGAUUGGCACGGCAGUAGUGAUCAACAAGGCUGCUGGGGCCAUUGCAGCCGCAAGCGGAUAAACGCACGAUGGGAAGGCACUGCGCUUGCAUCUAAAAGCAAAUAAAUUAUACCAAACUGCAAAAA